GCGCGCGACGCGGUGACGUCACGCGCACUGUCAGACGAGCAGCAGGAGGUGGAGGAGGAGGAACAGGGGCGCGAUGGCGGAGUCGCCGAGCGUGAGGCACCGUAAACACGCGUCCGAGAGCUCGGACGAUGCGUCGAGCCCCAGCACGCCGGAUGGCUCGGACAUGGAGGUGGUGCAGGAGGCGCGGCCCGUGCAAGUCGUGGUGGCGCAGGGCGACCACACCUUCGAGCUGGACGAGGCGGCGCUCGAGCGCAUCUUGCUGCGGCCCGAGGUGCGCAACAAGGAGGUGGUGGUCGUGUCGGUGGCCGGUGCCUUCCGAAAGGGCAAGUCCUUCCUGCUCGACUUCUUGCUGCGCUACAUGUACAGACAGAGCAUGGGCGGGAGCUGGCUGGGCGGGGAGGCGGAGCCCCUCACGGGGUUCAGCUGGCGCGGGGGCUCCGAGCGCGAGACGACGGGCAUCCAGGUGUGGAACGAGGUGUUCCUCGUCGACAAGCCUGACGGCAGCCAGGUGGCCGUGCUACUGAUGGACACGCAGGGAACGUUCGACAGCCAGUCGACCAUCCGCGACUCUGCCACCGUGUUCGCCCUCAGCACCAUGACGAGCUCCGUGCAGGUCUAUAACCUGUCCCAGAACAUCCAGGAGGAUGACCUACAACACCUGCAGCUCUUCACAGAAUAUGGAAAACUUGCCAUGGAGGAAAUCUUUCUGAAGCCCUUUCAGUCGCUGGUGCUGCUGGUGCGAGACUGGAGCUUCCCCUAUGAGUUCCAGUACGGCAGCGUGGGCGGCACCAAGCUCCUGGAGAAGCGUCUCAAGAUCUCGGAGAAGCAGCACGAGGAGCUGCAGAGUGUGAGGAAGCACAUCCACAGCUGCUUCACGCACAUGGGAUGCUUCCUCAUGCCCCACCCCGGCCUCAACGUGGCCACCAACCCUCACUUUGAUGGGCGUCUUGCCGACAUUGAUCCCGAGUUCAAGAAGCAUCUGCAAGAGCUCGUGCCCAUGCUGCUGUCACCGACCAACCUCGUCGUCAAGGAGAUUAACGGCUCCAAGAUCACCUGCCGAGGCCUCGUUGAGUACUUCAAGGCGUACAUGAAAAUCUACCAGGGUGAGGAGCUGCCCCAUCCCAAGUCAAUGCUGCAGGCCACGGCCGAAGCCAAUAACCUGGCUGCAGUGGCGCUGUCCAAGGACAGCUACGUGAAGGCCAUGGAACAGAUCUGCGGCGGCGACCGCCCGUUCCUGGCGCCGGCCGACCUGGAGCGCAAGCACCAGGAGUACCGCUAUACGGCCGUGGCGCAGUUCACGUCCACCAAGAAGAUGGGCGGCGAGGAGUUCAGCCGCCGCUACCUGGAGCAGCUGGAGGCCGAGCUGGACGAGCUGUUCGCCAACUUCGUCAAGCACAACGACGGCAAGAACAUCUUCCACUCGGCGCGCACGCCCGCCACGCUCUUCGUGGUCAUGCUCGUGUUCUACGUGGUGUCGGGCCUCACGGGCUUCGUGGGCCUCGACCUCGUCGCCUCGCUCUGCAACAUGGCGGUGGGCGCCGCGCUGAUGGCGCUCUGCGUCUGGGCCUACGUGCGCUACUCGGGCGCCUUCCGUGACGUGGGCGUCUGGAUAGACCGCAUCGCCGAGACCGUCUGGAACCAGGUGUUGUGUUCGCUCUACAGCGUGGCCCUGCAGUGCGCGGGCUCCAGCCACGCGCCCUCGUCGUUCGCUCACGGCGGAGUCAAGCGUGCCGCCGCCAAGAAGAGAAAUUAACCCUGACCCUGGCCCCAACCCUCCUGACUCUAACCGUCGUGACAUUUACAGCGCCGCCCCCUCUCGCUCUGCAGUCGCAGCGUUCGGCCCAUUUCCAUUUCAUUCCGCUUGAUUUUUUGAUAUUAUAUUAUAAAAAAAAUUGUUGAACAUUUUCGCUGCAUAAGACACCAAGCACAGAAAGGCUGCCCGCUUAUUUUUCCUGCCAGGUGCCUAGAGAGACUGCCAAAACGUCCAAUCUUGACGUCACGCGACCCCAGUAAAGAAACACUCUACGGAGGCUGUCAAGCUCUCGAUGGGACUGGUGUGUGGCCGUCUAACAUUGGGGGCAGUGUUGGAUGGCACGGUCUUCCUCCGCUGGGAGCGUUGUCGAUCCAGAGCAGAGGCUGCGUCGGGAGAGGUCUUUUCUUUUCCAAGGCUGAACACUACGACCUCGCUGAGAGGGUGAACACUACAUAUUAUAUUCCUGAAUGCUGAAUGGGUGCUGUUGAUCGCACUGCCUUUACCCAGAGGAACUAAUGCCGUCUCGCCGCGACCCUGUACGUUUUUUUUUAGGCUUUGGUUCUUAAAAUGACCGCUGUGUUGUCAUCACGCAGGUGGCUGUGAGUGUGAUUUUUUUCACAUUGUUGACGUUCAACACAAAGUGGAGCACGAGCAGAUCUUUAACGUUGGGGCUGCCUCUAGAAGUUAUUUUGGUUUUUGGGCAAGAUUCGGAGGAGGGCAGCAACUUCCUCAAACAACGCGGGGGUCAUUUUAAUGAAAGUGCAAAGUGGUGUGAAACUCACACAAUGUCAUAUAGAUAUGGUAAUACAUUGUAACAUCGAUCAUAUUUUUUGCUUAAGCUUGGUGGACGCGAUUAAGGCUCGGGGAGCUGUACUGCUACAAAUCUGAACUACAAGUCAGCCUUAAUUUAUCCAAAGUAUGUACCAUUGUUAUUAAGUAUACUGUAUAUAUAGCCAGGUACAAAUCGUGCGAAGAGGGCCUGGGCGAUUGAACACUAAAUUCAGACUCUGGGACGCCGCUACGACGGCCGCCCACGUGAUGGUGAACUCUCACGUGGGUUUGUUUACACACCAUCUGCUCUGCUGCUCGUUACCAUGCGGUGCCAGGACUGCGUUUGGUGGUGUCCAACCAGCGGCAGUUCGCCUGGCCCUUCGGUAUUAACUUAGAGGCAGUGUGCAAGCGAAGCAUCGGUCCUCGGCCGGUUAGCCAGUCGUGCAACGUGAUGUUGAGAGUGAAACGUGCACAGGAGGAACCGCAGUUCCACCUGUGCACGUGCAGUGGCAUUCAUCACCGGGCUGGCGCUGGUUUAGCUCAGGCACUAGCUCCGUCGUGUUUUGCGAGCUGUUGCUCGGCGUGCCCUCGGGCCGUGCGUGCGGUCCCUGAAGCAGUGGCGUGGACUCGACUCACGCGGAGUCGGCUCGCACUGACUCGACUUUCACUCGACUCACCCUGACUGGGCUCACGCGGACUCGACUCUUACUCGACUCGCGCUGACUCGACUCGUAUGGACUGGGCUCACACACACUCGACUCGUAUGGACUGGGCUCACACACACUCGACUCGUAUGGACUGGGCUCACACACACUCGACUCGUAUGGACUGGGCUCACACACACUCGACUCGUAUGGACUGGGCUCACACACACUCGACUCGUAUGGACUGGGCUCACACACACUCGACUCGUAUGGACUCGCAAGCUGCGCGCCCUCAGUUCCAAGCCCGUAGCCAAUUGUCAAGCGGGUGUCCGUCUGAUUGGCGAAGCACUCCGGUCCUCACGCAUGGUGUCCGAGCCUGUGGUGAUUAUUCGUGCAGUAGAACUGGCUUCAUAGCGAGUGUCGUCUUUUACUGUCUCUGUGACCACUGUAGAUUUGGCGGCGGGGGGGGGGCUUCGCCAGGCGUAGCCGCACCCCCUCGCUGCUUCAGUGUUACUUGGUAACGUCCGACUGUUGUCCUCAAUAUAAGCUGAUCACUUUUAUAAGUCAAACUUUGCCGCAUGUUAUUACGUAAAUGUUUGGCGAUAUAAACCUUGGUAUGUCUGUCAUGGUUUCUUGGUCAAAGCCAGCUCUGUUUGAGAAACGGAUGUCUCGUCGGUGUCCUGCUUUUGCACCUGAUCAAGUGUUGGCACUGCCUGGUCUUUGAAAUAAUAUCAUCUGCCUUGCGAGAUCAUGUCUGUUGUAAGAAUUAUUAUUUUUCUUCUUCUCUCGCAUCCUCUUCCUGCUGGCGUCUAUUGAGAGAACGUUUUAAACAUAUCGGAUUGUGGUUCCACUGAAGCUGUACAAUGUUUAGUGGUGGAGGGUUGUGGGGUGAGAUGGACAGUCGGAAGAGUGUGACUGUGUGGAUGUGCUGAUGUGUGCAAUGCUGUUUGACCUCGUGGCUUCUGCAGGUUUCUCUUGCCAAAAAACUCCCUGUCGGCUCUUGCCCGAUGGUGAAAAUAAAAAUGUGUAAUGAAUCACGAGCAAGCUGAGCACAGCUUUUGCUGGUUUCACUACA